AUGUCUGACAUCCCUCACUACUCGAAUUGGGUCAAUGGCAAACGCUCUUCACCAACUCCAGACUCAAUACUGGUUAUCAACCCUGCCACUGAGGCUGUGAUAGGCAGCGUUGACGCCACAUCCUGCGAGGCUGUAGACAACAUUGUGAAGGAAUCAGGGUUGAACUUUCGCACUGGCUCUUGGUCUAAAGCCAGCGCAACGGACCGAUUCAAUGUCUUGGUCAAGGCUGCAUCCCUCCUGCGAUCACACAUGGGAGAGUUCAUCGACCUGGAGGUCAGUCAAACAGGUCGACCUAUACGGGAGAUGAAAGCACAGUUGGCUCGCAUUCCUGAGUGGCUUGAAUACUUCGCUAGCCUGGCCCGCACCUACGAGGGUAGCGUGACACCGUUCAAAGGACCGGUCAUCAACACAAUAACACGCAACAGCCCCAUAGGCGUUGUGGCGCAGAUUACACCUUGGAAUCAUCCGCUACUGAUCGCGACAAAGAAGAUCGGCGUAGCUCUUGCGGCAGGUAACACUGUUGUGGUCAAGCCGUCAGAGCUUGCACCCAUCAGCGUCCUGAAAAUGGGCGAGUUGUUCCAAGAGGCGGGCCUCCCUGAUGGAACACUGCAAAUUAUUUGUGGAUAUGGGCGGGACACAGGCAAAUUUCUAUGCGAGAAUCCGUCUCUCGCCCGUAUCGAUUUGACAGGUGGUCUGCUCACGUAUCAAGCCAUUGCACCGGUUGCAAGUCGAAACCUAAUUCCUAUCACAGCCGAACUGGGAGGCAAAUCCCCUGUGUGUAUCUUUCCUAGUAUGGACGUUGGAGAGGCUGUCCGAGCCGCACUCUUUGCAAGCUUUAUUGCCAGCGGACAGACAUGUGUCACGGGGAGUCGUCUGCUGGUGCACACAGAUAUCUAUGACGAAUUCGUCGUGGAGAUGGUCAAGCGCACAAAAGGUCCCAAACUAGGCGAUCCAGCAGAUCCCAGCACACAAAUCGGGGCGGUAAUUAGCAAAAACUCCGUUGAGCGAUGCGCGGCGUUUGUCUCACGUGCCGUGAAUGAAGGCGGGAGAGUCCUGUGCGGUGGUAAACCUGCAGACCGCCCCAAGGGAUUCUACUUUGAACCAACAUUGAUAGAAACCAGUGCGAAAUCCGAACUGUCCUGUAACGAGGUGUUUGGCCCAGUAAUCGCAGUGAUACCGUGUGCUUCCGAGGAGGAAAUCGUCGAAGUCGCCAAUGGCACAAAUUUUGCACUGGGCGCAUCCCUCUGGACGCGGGAUUUUGCACAGGCACACAGAGUGGCGGAACAGAUUGACGCAGGUAUUCUGUGGAUUAAUGGCCAUCAUCUGAAUGAUCCUUCCUCACCAUGGGGUGGGUUUAGAGAAAGCGGUUUGGGGAAGGAGAAUGGACGGGAGGCUUUUGAGAGCUACACCAAGUUGAAGAGCACUAUCAUCAACUAUGGGAUUCCACCAGCAUGGUUUGAUGAGCAGGUGGAAGGCGCUAGAUAUGGAUAG